AUGGACGCCUGUGGGCGGGAGCUGGAGGAGCUCACGCGCGAGCUGGCGUCCGCCAGCGCCGCGAUACCGGCCAGCCAGGACAACGAGGACGCCGCCUUCCCGUUCAUCCUGCGGCGACAGUUGAGCCAUAGGCUGGAAGGUGCCAAGGGCGACGGUGAGCCAUAUCACUUCAAGGGCAUCCUGGACAUCCUUGCCAGCAGCAGUGCCAUCAAGUCCACAAGCGACUUGGGCAAACCUGAGUGCUUCGACAUCAACCUGCUGGACAACCCCACCCUCUGGAGGCUGCAGAGGAUGGUCAAGUUGGCCCAAACGGUCAGUUCGGAGGAUGGGGAUGGGGCUGCAGCGCCAGCAACAGAAGCAGCUGCGCAGCCAGCGAAUGGCAGCGUCCCGUUGCCAUCAUCUGGGGCUGACGUGGAGGUGCACGAUGCACGCCCCAGCAACAUCCCCUCCACUGCCGAUGCCAGUGUGGUUCCCCCUGCCAACGACGAGCCGUCGCCUGGGGAUGAGGCUUUGCCUGGGGCCGCCUCGUCACCAAGGGAAAACCAGUCGCCAGGGAGCAACAAGUCUUCCAGGGAAAACGUAUCACCAGGAAGCAACCCAGCACCUGAUCCCAACCAUUCGCUGGAUGCCAACACGUCACAGGAAGGUAGUCCUUCGCCGGCUGCCAGCCCGUCUCCAGCAUCGGAUGGUGGAGGCACCGACAAAUGA